CCAUCUUUUCAUUCUGAAUCCCACCGAAACUCUGAGCCGAUAAACACAAAACCGAACGAAAGUUGCUUUCUCUGCCACCGUUUCAUCCCAAAAGAAGCUCCCCGAUUCGAUUACCCCUUCUGAUUCUUUACUUUUUCUGAUCCCAUCUUCUGUUCAUCCUCUCUUCUUUUUGGCCAUCAAUGGCAUCCUUCUUUGGUAGAUUCACAUCCCAUUCCAGUUCCAGCUCCAAUUCCAAACCCCAUGCUCCAUCUGCACCGUACGCGCCAUCGGCGCCGGAAGCCCACGGCCAUGAACAUUCUCAUGGGACCGCUUCGCCGUAUUUCUCCGAAAACCAUCCGCCGCAGCCUUAUGGGUCUAAUUAUGGUGGGGUUUCUUCAUAUGGGUCUUAUGGUUUUCCACCUGGGACCCCCCCUGAGGUAAUUAGGAGCUUCCAAAUGGUGGAUAGAGAUGGAAGUGGGUUCAUUGAUGAGAAUGAAUUGCAGCAAGCUCUUUCUUCUGGCUACCAGAGAUUUAGUCUUAGAACCGUUCGUUUGCUCAUUUUCUUGUUCAGAAAUCCGGUUGAUUCCUCCAGAAUGGGGCCUAAUGAGUUUACAGCUUUGUGGAACUGUCUUGGACAAUGGCGUGGCACGUUCGAGCGAUAUGAUCGAGAUAGAAGUGGGAAAAUUGAUGCAUUAGAAAUGAGGGAUGCACUUUAUGGUCUUGGCUAUGCAGUCCCGUCUUCAGUCCUCGAACUUCUAAUAUCACUUUACGAUGAUCGAAGUGGGCGUCGAGUUGAAUUUAACUUCGACAGUUUCGUCGAGUGUGGCAUGAUAGUAAAGGGCUUGACCGAGAAAUUCAAGGAGAAGGAUAGGCACUACACAGGUUCGGCUACGCUGACGUACGAAGAUUUCAUGUCAACAAUCCUCCCAUUUCUUGUGUCUUACAGUUAAAAGGCCUCAAAAGUAGACAAAGUGUUCAUUUUAGGACGUUUGGUUUAGAGCAAAAAGGUUUUUGUUUCAGCUGCGUAGAGAUAUGUUUUGGAAGUUGUUUUUUCUUUAUCAAAAUUCUCCUCGCUAUCCUAUGCAUGGCGUUACCUUUUUUUU